AUGAAAACUGUAACAUCCCACACCUCUAGAACCUUCUUACCAUUAACAAUGUUAACCUCGACAUUAACAGUCUUGUUUUUCGUAAUAGUGUGCUGUGAAUCAAUUGAAACUCUUUGUCCGAAUGGCUGCAAAUGUAAGUCAACAGGUAACUGCUAUGCGUGUGGAACGGGAUAUUAUUUGCUGGAUGAGGAAUGCAAGAGCUGUUCCAAUGGUUGUAAGGAUUGUUCAUCAAGCAAAACGUGUAAAACAUGUGACAUUGGAUUUUAUGCUCGACAUGAUAUUACAAAUAACAUUGAUUGUCAGCCAUGCACGAAAGGUUGUAAAAAGUGUUCCUCGGCUGACGAAUGUUUAGAAUGUGAUACUGGUUAUUUUAAAAACGGCACGGAUUGUUCAAAAUGUUUGACAGGCUGUAAAACUUGUAAAUCGCAAUGGGUGUGCGAUUUUUGUAUCCAAAACUUUCAAUUAAAUGACACUAAUUGCCAGUCAUGUCCAAAAGGUUAUUUCCUAUUUAAUUCAAAAUGCUUACCUUGCGAGGACAAAUGCGCAGCUUGUUCUUCACCAAAUGAAUGCACUGAAUGUAUAAAGGGUUUCUUCGGUAAGUUAUGUGAUCAAAAAUGUUCCUCAGGAUGCAAGGACGAUGUUUGUGACAUAAUCAUGGGUAACUGUUCAUGCAGGAAAACGCAUGUUGGACAAUAUUGCAAUGAUUGUGCUCCUGGAAAGUUUGGACAUGAUUGCAAAUUUGACUGCCCUGAAGAAUGCUUGACAUGUGAUUUAAAAGAAAGUUGCACUAUUUGCAAUCCUGGAUAUUUCGGAUUGACCUGUAAGUGCAAAAAUGGGUGUCUUGACAACAAAUGUGACAAAUGGACAGGUCAAUGUGAACGAUGUAAGCUGUUCUUCAAAUGGCCAUGUGACGACUGUGUAGACGGAAAAUACGGUACAAACUGCGAAAAGGAUUGCCCUGACAAGUGUCUUUCAUGUUAUUCAGAAACAAACUGCACGAAAUGUAAAGAUGGGUUUCACGGCAUUAAUUGCAACGAUACAUGUUUAAAUGGAACUUGUGACAACCGUUGCAGUCAUGGGUAUUUUGGUCAAAACUGCGAAAGUCGGUGUUACAAUAACUGCAAUCUUUGUACAUCAAUAACAGAAUGUCACUCUUGUCAAGAUGGAUUUUGGGGUUAUCAGUGUAAAUAUAAAUGUCCAGAAAAUUGUUUGAAUAAUCGGUGUCAGAUUAACCAAUCGUGUUUUUCGUGUAUACCAGGUUUUUACGGACAGUUCUGUAACCUAACAUGCCCGCAAAAUUGUUUGGGUUCAUGCAAUAUUUUAGGUAAUUGCAAUAAUUGUAAAAACGGUUUUCAUGGAAAGCGCUGUAACAAACAAUGUUCAAAAGGUUGUUUGGAAGAUUAUUGUUUUAUGAAUGGACAAUGUGCACAAUGCACAAGUGGAUUUCAUGGUAAACGGUGUGAACAGACAUGUCCCUCGCAGUGUCUGAAAUGCACACACGAAUCAUUUUGUGAUGCAUGCAUAAAUGGUUACUUUGGUCGAAAUUGUAGCCAACAAUGUGGUUACUGUAAGAAUAAUACUUCUUGUAAUAUCAAAACAGGUAAAUGUGAAAAAUGUGCAGAUGGAAUGUAUGGAAGCAAAUGCGAAUUUUAUGUAUGCUCUUCGAAUUGUUUUAAUGUGUCUUGUAAUGCAGAGAGCGGCCUUUGUGACAACGGCUGCAAUAAAGGUUACUGGGGAAAGUAUUGUAAGAAGCUGUGUGCACAUAAUUGCCUCAAUAACACGUGUUUUAAAGAGAAUGGGACAUGCAGUCAUGGCUGUGUUGGGGGAUAUCAUGGAUACAUGUGUGAUUGUCCAAAUAAUUGCAUUUGUAGUGGGUCAGGCAAUUGUAGUCGGUGUGUCAACGAUACUUUCUAUGGACCACUUUGUGACCAGGUGUGUAGUUAUUUAUGUAUAAAUCGAACUUGCGACUCUUUGACGGGAACAUGUAAUAAAGAAUGCAAGCUGGGAUACUUUGGAAACAAAUGCGACAAAACAGUAAACCCAGACGGAAUUUCAAGCAGCUUAUUACAACCUAUUCAUAUUGGUUUGCUGAUUGUUUCUCUUGUCAUUUUGAUCCUUGUUGCGGUCAUUAUGGGAAUAUUUCUAAUAACAAGUUAUAUUACAAAACAGAAAAAUCUGGUGACGGGGAAUUUAAGCGAUUCUAUAACUAACAGACAAGUUAGAAGAUCACAAGAAAUACUACCUUCUGAACACGAGAAUAACCGACGGCAACAAGACGCACGACGAAUAGUUUACCAAAAUUUAGCUGAUUUAGGCAAUGCAGCAAUAAAUGUUUGUGAACCACCCAUACAGGAAAGUGUUUAUGAUAACGUUGCCGAAUAUGCAAGUAUUCAGAGAAAACAAGUUCCUGAUAUUGUUGAAGGAAAUGAAGACAAUGCAAAUGAAGUUGUUGAAGUCAAGGAAUCGAUUGACGAGGUUUUAUACGCAAAUGCAGAGGAUUAUUUAAGAAGAAGAGUUCCAGUUAAUCAACUCCGGGAAAUAAGUGAAAAUAAAACAGAUAUAGAGUAUUCUCAGGAAUUUAUGAAUUUACCAGAUGGACUUAUUAAACCGUUCUACGAAUCACAGAAGGCAGAAAACCUGAUGAAAAAUCGUUAUAAAGAUGUGUGUCCAUAUGACAACAGAAGGGUUAUUCUUAAGAACAGAGAAUCAGACUACAUCAAUGCCAGUUAUAUAGACGGUUAUAAAAGACAAAAGGUUUAUAUAGCAUCUUUAGGACCAACAGUUAAGCAAAUGGGGAAUGAUUUUGGAGUAUUCUGGAAUAUGGUUUGGCAAGAAAAAGUUUGUAAAAUAGUUAUGCUGACAAAUCUUAUAGAACAAGGGGUUCAGAAAUGUGACAAAUACUGGCCGGAUAAAGAUGUAUGCAUGAUGUAUGAAGACGUGAAAGUAACAUGCCAGUCUGAGGAGAUAUAUCCUUGUUUCACAGUCAGGAUUUUCUCUGUUGAGAAAACUGAAAAGAGAAUACUGUAUCAGAUGCAUUUCACAGCCUGGCCAGACAAGAGUACACCGCGGGAUGUCCAUGGCAUGAUCGAGUUUUGGGAGAAAUUGACAAGAAUACCUAGAUUUGAGCUGGGGCCUAUACUUGUCCACUGCAGUGCUGGUGUAGGACGAACAGGAACAUUUCUGGCAUUAGAUAUAUUAGCCAAUGAGGGAGUUGCUGAGGGCACCGUGGACAUAUUUGCUUGUGUCAGAAACUUAAGAGAAGAUCGAGUUAAUUUAGUACAAACAGUGGAGCAGUACAAAUUCCUUCACGAGGCUUUGUUACACCUUCUAUCUUCUGACACAUCAGUAAAGGCGCUGCGAUGGAGUAGUUCAUCACAAUACUCAAGAGCGUACAUUGGCUGUUGA